AGCACAGGACAACACAGGAUGCUUUCCCUCACCAACGUCGGUUUCGUGCGGUGGGCAACGACGCCGCUGAUGGUAGCGGGAGCCCGCCUGCUGCACACGGCCACGCUUGAUCUGGCCGCACGCAAGGGCACGCGAGAAAAGGCCCGCAAGGCGAAGGUAAAGAAGGUGGUGGAAAAGGUUGGCUUCAUCCGGCACGAUCUGCGGAAAAAGGGAAAACUCAACCUGAAUGUAGCGAACAAACACAUCGACGACAGCUGGAAGCAGGAGCCGAAGGACGAUUGCUGGGUCAGCAAGUACUACAAAUGGCGCGUGUACACGGUGGAGGAAGCGAUCCAGUGCCACCGGGAAACGCACCAUCCGACCGUGUACAACCUCCCAAAUGCGCCGCUGUACGCGCACGUCGAGCUAAACAUGCAGGCCGAAAAGGUGACCCGCUUCGUGGACAACUUCCAGCGCAUGGUGGCGAUACCGCACCGGUUCGAGCACGGUGAAAACCGCAACAUCAUCGUGUUCGCGAAGGGCCAGGAUCCGCUGAAGGAAGCGAAGGAUGCGGGCGCUACGCUGGUCGGCGGGAUGGAGCUGAUCAAGGAAAUCCAGAACGGCGAUCUGCAGCUGUCGGAGUAUCCGUUCGUGCUGGCCCAUCCCAACAUUCUGCCCGAGCUGGUCGUGAUACGGGGGCUGCUGAAGAAGAACAAGUUCCCAAACCCACGGUCCGGCACGCUCGGUGUGAAUUUGGCGGAAAUGAUCCAAAAGUACGCCCAUGGCAUCAACUACAGUGCGGCGAAGGAUGAGCAGCAGAAGGACUUUGGCUCGAUCGUUGCCUGCAUCGGAACGCUACAAAUGGAAGCGAAACACCUGGAAAGCAACCUUACCGCCCUGCUGCAGGACGUGAACUCGAUGCGACCGAAGCGCGAAGGCCGGUUCGUCACGCGGGUGCUGCUGAAAAGUCCACCGUCGGGUGAAAACCUUAAGAUUAACCCGUUCCUGUACAUCCCGGAGGAGGGCGUGUUCAGCAAACGGUCAGCGAAAACGACCGACGCGGCUGCCAGCGAGGAGGAGGACGCGGAGCAGGAGGAAGAGCAGCGGAGUGCGGCGUCCGGAGGAGUCUGAGCGGUGUGUGAAGCGAUGCCAUACUGGUUGCUGCAAUACACGGUGUUAGGAAAAUAGAAUAAAAAUGGAACUUGUUCCACACAAACACAAACACA